AUGGACCAAAUAGAAAGCUCAACUUCCCCUACAGCUGAAAAGGAUGAAUAUGCGAAGAAAGAAGUAUGGUGUUUGACACGAGUCGGGAAAGAUUUGGACUGGCUUCGCUUGUUCGAGAAUACAGAGGUAACUAACGUUAGCAAAUUUCGCCGCGAACCAAACUGGUUGAAUGUACAUUUUAGUGACUUGGCUAGCUGUUUGGUGCUAAAGUUGAUAUAAAUGGAACCUCAACCUACUAGCUAGUUACCUACUAGACUGCUUGCUAAAUCACUAUAGAACGCGCAAUUGUAAUAUCGCAACAAAACUGAUUCGAUUACAUUACACAGGAGUCAAGACCUAUGUUCGAAUACCCAUGCUAACAUACUGUAUGCUACAUACUUAAUGAGUAUAUACUACAUACUAUUAGUUCAUUUUAGUAUACUGUAAACGAACGGUAUCCUUUCAGUUGAACGUACUAGCGCUUCGCCUGUCUACCGGACGUUGAUGCUGUUGCUAUGCAACCUCUUGCUAGCUUGUUAGCAUAACAAAUUACUAGCUAGACAUUUUACGACUUGGGUGUGUUCUUAAAUUCAAUCUGGAGGGCCAGAGUGCGAUCUUGGCUUUCGUAAAUUCAGAACGUUGUCAGAUUGUCUGUUUGUAAAUUCGGAACGCACACUUGAGCUCUGGCGGAGGAGUAGGGUUGAUUCGAGCGUUCUGACAUUACAACGGCAGUCAAGCACCCAACCCAAGCUAGCUACUUCCAGACACAAAUGAGAGAACACCUCAGUCUGACCAUUUUACUCGCCCUGGCAGAGCUGGUUAGGCAGUUUUCAUGUUAUCCAGAGCGUUGGUGACUGUAACUGUGCUGCUGGCAACAAUUUAAUAACGUUUUUUUUUGUCGAUGUUUGCUGACACCGGCCAUAUUCAACCGGUGUUGAGUGUUUGUAAAUUCAUCAGUUCUUCUGUGCUCUGCAUUACACUCAGACUAGAGUGCUCUGAAAUCCGAGUAGAUAGCCAGAGCGAAUGUACGAAAGCACCCGAAUGUCAAUUGAGAACGCACAACGACUAUACCAGCUAAGAAUGAAGGGAAUAAUCAAGUCAAUAAACGUUGGGUAGUUAGUUAGCAUAUAUUUAAUAUACUGGCACGUUUGAUGUAUUAGUAGCCAACUAACGUCAGGUAGCUAGUUAACAUACCGGUACAUAGUGCUGUAAUGAUAUGCUAUGUGGUUUGUAAGGAUAUCGUAGCUAACAAAUUAUCAGCCAACAUAACGUGUAGGUAAUUUAUUUGAAAAGUCAUUACUUUAUUACAUUGCUCAACAUUUUCUUAACAUUUGGCAUAAUUAGUUAAAGCAAUGAAUUUGUAUCCGCUCUCGUUGGUUUUCGGCUGUAUAUUUAACGCCAUUUUCAUAAAAUCUGAAAACUGAAGCCACGGCCGGAAAUAGUGUCCACUGCUUGUAUACUUCCUAUUUUGACGAAUGUAGUACGACAACUUUUGGUUUACUACCUAUAUCCAUACUAUGACCAAUAAGCAAACUAUAUACUCCAUUUACGUCACAAAUAGUGCGGUUAGUAUGAGUAUUCGAACACAGCUAACGAUUCUUGGGAUGGGGGAGUUUAAUAUUCUCAAAACCUGUCUAUUUGUGGAAAAGUCACCCUGAUUAAUUAUUUAGUAAUAGCCCAGUUUACUUAUUUAGUUAUGGCGCUGUCUACAUCUAACGACUUGAUUUUAUUAUUAUUAUUUUAAAAAUAUUGAAAUAAAUUAUUAAAUAUUAAAGCAUUGGACCUCUCACUAAAGGUUUUAGUCAUACAAAAACGGAAUUUAAAUCCGAACUGGUUCUCUAGCAGAUUAGUAAAAGUGGCUCACCCUGUGUUCAAGAAUAGCCUUUUCCCCUUAAUUCAAAUUACCUCUCACUUUCGGUUAUUUGAAAAUGAAAUAAUCUCCAAACUAUCGCUAUUUUUAAAACAAGCAAUAGAAAGCUGUUUGCAAUUUCUGUUUAAUCCACCAGAAAAGACAGAACAAAUAUUAUGUGGUUAAACUGAAAUGUACUACACAAUAAAAACAUGCAAUAUAUAUACACAAAAAAAAUAUAUGUAUGCACGCAUGACUGUAAGUCGCUUUGGAUAAAAGCGUCUGCUAAAUGGCAUAUUAUUAUUAUUAUUAUUAUAUAUAUAUAGAUAGAUAGAUAGAUGGAACAUUGCUGCGGGGACUUGCUUCCAAUCAGCCACAAGAGCAUUAGUGAGGUCAGGGACUGAUGUUGGGCGAUUAGGCCUGGGUCGCAGUCAGGGUUCCAAAUCAUCCCAGAGGUGUUUGAUGGAGUUGAGGUCAGGGCUUCCACACCGAUCUUGACAAACCAUUUCUGUAUGGACCUCGCUUUGUGCAUGCGGGCAUUGUCAUGCUGAAACAGGAAAGGGCCUUCCCCAAACUGUUGCCACAAAGUUGGAAGCAUAUAAUUGUCUAGAAUGUCAAUGUAGCGUUAAGAUUUCCCUUCACUGGAACUAAGGGGCCUAGCCUGAACCAUGAAAAACAGCCCCAGACCAUUAUUCCUCCUCCACCAAACUUUACAGUUGGCACUAUGCAUUGGGGGAAGGGAGCGUUCUCCUGGCAUCCGCCAAACCCAGAUUCAUCCGUCGGACUGCCAGAUGGUGAAGUGUGAUUCGUCACUCCAGAGAACGCGUUUCCACUGCUCCAGAGUCCAAUGGCGGAAAGCUUUACACCACUCUAGCCGACGCUUGGCAUUGCGCGUGGGGUUCUUACAUGCUGACUAGACCGGGCACGCGUCAUUGCGCGCAUGUUGAUUUUGUCCAUCCACACCAGACGCGAUCAGGACACGCAGGUUGAAAUAUCAAAACAAACUCUGCGCCAACUAUAUUAAUUUGGGGACAGGUCGAAAAAAACAUAACAUUCAUGGCCAAUUAGCUAGCUUGCUGUUGCUAGCUAAUGUGUCCUGGGAUAUAAACAUUGGGUUGCUAUUUUACCUGAAAUGCAAAAGGUCAUUUUUUUCUGGGUCUUUUGUAGAAUUUUUACCUUUUUUGAGUCUCACAAAAUCGUGUGAUUUUUACUCCGACAAUUAAUCCACAGAUAAAAGUGGAAACCUAGUUAGUUUCGAGUAAUCUCUCCUCCUUCAGUCUUCUUCUUCUGUGGACUUUAUAUGGCAGUUGGAAACGAACUUUAAGGUUUAUUACCAUCACCAACUGGACUGGAGUGUGGACCUCAGUUAAUUUUUCAAUCACCCACGUGGGUAUAUGCUCCUAAAAACCGAUGAGGAGAUGGGAGAGGCGGGACUUGCAGCGUGUCAAAAAUAGAACAAAGUUCUAUUUUAGCGCUUGGCUACGCAGACGCUCGCUAUCAGUUUGGAUGAAGUGAUUGAAUAACAUGUAUGUGUACAUUUAUUUUGCAACGCUUGCGCACUUAAAGCAAGCGGUUUGGUCAGCAUGUUAGGCUUGUGUGCGGCUGCUUGGCCAUGGAAACCCAUUUUGUUAAGCUCCCGACUAACCGUUCUUGUGCUGACGUUGCUUCAAGAGGCAGUUUGGAACUCAGUAGUGAGUGUUACACCGAGGACAGACUAUUUUUACACGCUUACGAACUUCAGCGGUCCUGUUCUGUGAGCUUGUGUGGCCUACCACUUUGCAGCUGAGCCAAUGUUGCUCUUAGACGGCUUUUCCAAGCUGUUUAAAGGCACAGUCAACUUAGUGUAUGUAAACUUCUGACCCACUGGAAUUGUGAUACAGUGAAUUAUUGUCUGUAAACAAUUGUUGGAAAAAUUAAGUGUCAUGCACAAAGUAGAUGUCCUAACCGACUUGCCAAAACUAUAGUUUGUUAACAAGAAAUUUGUGGAGUGGUUGAAAAUGAGUUUUAAUGACUCCAACCUAAGUCUAUGUAAACUUCCGACUUCAACUGUAUUUGUAUUUAUUUUAAAAAAUUGCCUUGUCUGUGCAUUCGUUAAUACCGUAUACCCCGGUAUGGUACAGAGACGGUAUGAAAAUCUGGAUACCGCCCGACCCUAUUUCUCGCAGGUAUGAAAGAUAAGUUCCUUUAUGUUUACAAAAAUGUACCGCAAGCGACGCAUGUUAAACGCUCACACCAGUAGAAAUCCACAUUUUCCAUCUGAAAGAAGAUGGCCAGAUUAUACAAAAACAAUGUAAGUCAUAGUUUUAGUCAAAGUAUGAUAUAUUUGGUCUUGAAGUGAAAACCGAACUGCCCGCUUAAUCUCUUUUGCUAUGAAAUGACAUGUACAUUAUUUUUCUCAUACAUUUAGUUUCAGGGGCUGGGUUUUAUUUGAAUAGGACCUCCCACCAGCAUGGCAUUGUUUAUUAUUCAGAAUCAACUGCAAAGUUCGCGGCGCAAGUAAGCUGAGCAGGGCAGGCCCUGGAUGUUCUGCCGCCCUAGGCGAGACAAACUGCCGCCCCCCUCCAUUCCCCGCUAAACUAUGUACAGCAGUGGUCGGCAAUCGGUUUGGCCUUGGGUCAAUUUCUUUCUCCGCUAAAAGUCAAAGGAACAGAACAUAAUAGCAGUCCAAUUUAUAGGCCUACACUACAAAUGAAACACACUUUUUUACACAUCUGGUUAGUAGGCUAUCUAAUCAGUUCAAUGUCAAUAACAGCCUAAUAUUUUCAAUCUGAUUACACUGAUAAAAUCUACAAUGCGUCAAUUUUAAAUUAAGUUUUUUUUAUAUUUCUUUGUGCGUUGAUUGGGUAAAAACACCUUGCAAUCAAAAGAAAAGGUUGGGCUGAAAAAGUUUCACAGGAAGAAUGGACAGAGAAAUAGGCAUUCUUACCAUAUUUCUCCAAUGUCAAACCAGAGUGUCUUGUUUGCAAAUAAUGAAAUCUUAGACAUCCUUAUGAAUCUAAGCAUGGCACUUUCAAAAGUUACCUUUCCACCCAGAAAGACACUACCGACGCAGAAAGAUGUAAUCUUCAACUGCUGGCUACUCCAUUGCGUAACCCAACAACUUAAGUGCUUCCCUAAAAGCUGCCUGGGUUUUAACAAACAUGUUCUGUUUUCAGAAAGUAAAAAUCUCAAUAUGGACAGAAUAGCAAAUUCAAAUAUUUUGUCUCUAAUAUUAUAGGUUGCAGCUCAGCUUCAGAAUGUCAUAGAGAGGAAUCAGUAUAUCCCCAUAUGCAUCGGAGUCAAGUCUUUCGCAGGCAUUUUUAAAGCUUGUUUUUACCAUAAGGCAUCAUUGAGUUAAGCAUUGUUAUAGAACACUUUAUAUAGUCUGGAUACUUUUUUAUGUAUUUAUUCCAAAAUAUAAAGCUAACAAUAGGAGUCCUUUUUGCCCUUUUCUUUAUCAAAGGGUAUGGGAUACCCUCAUUCAAUUCGAACCCUAGCUUUAACCAAACACACCAAGCCCUUCCCAGAUGCGGAGGUAUUUAAGGAGUGCAUGCAACAGUAUUGGAGGAUUUGGCUAUACCGUCUAUGGAUAGCAUAAUUGUUUGUCAAACAUUUAAGGCUACCACUUUUUUGAAUAGGAAGAAAUAGGCUCCAAUUCUAUGAUUAGGCCCAUACAUAAUGUUAGUUCGCGCUUGCACAUAUAGGAGGUCCCUUACCGGGCAGAAAGGAAUUUUACUUUAACUCCUGCAUCAGAGAGUUACAAUGUUGCAAUCACCAUGCAGCCAACUUCCUAUAGUAAGAACGUUUCUUACUAAAAAUAUGACACCUGUUGUCACACAUGGCACGACCCCACAAUUGUUACAAUAAAUAUUAAACUUUUAUUUAACAUUUAACAUCCUUUAAUAUUCCUGUAGAACUGUAAAGAGUGCGAUCAUUUGAGCUUUGGAAACAAGUGCUUUCAUAAAUGCAUGGCGGGCCAUAUUUCGCUGGAGCAGUGUAAAAUAAGCUUUCUGUCAAAGACCCAGCCUUAACGAAUGUUGUUUAUUUAUAUAUUGAAUUUGAAUAUCCAACAUCAGUUUCAGCAUUUCUUCAUUUCAUGGCCCGGCUAGAGUGACUUAUUUUCCUCUUCUGUGGUGCUGCAUUGCAGUCAGCGACGUUUUCUCUCAGUAGCUGUCCAUGGUCCUGAAAUCAAAUCAUCUGAGGGACACAGAGGGAGAGAGAGAGCGAGAUUAGGAUGUAGUCUAUUUAAGUCUAAAAAUUAGAGUAAACAGGCGAUAGAUAAUUGUGUAAUCUUCCAAAUUACUCUGUGAUAGAAUUAAUGCGAGUGUGUGAUCAAUGCUUACCUUUUAUUCAAAGACGAGUUAACUUGCCUGGCCUUCCUGGCAGCAAAAGCAUGCACUACUUCUUGGAGGGUGAUUUUGUAACGCACGGGUGUCAUAGCCUCCACCUGGCUCUCCCAUCUCAUCUCAUGGUGCUGAGGGAUUUCACUGUGAGCCCAUCUCUUACGUACUCUUUCAGCAAGUCCCAGCGGUGUGUAGAUCCGGAUAAAAUGUAUAAAUAUCUUGGAUGGUGUUAACUCAGCCGCCUCCAAGCAACCCAAUACUGCAUCAGGGAGAAGAAGGUGCGCUCUGCAAUGGCACAAAAAAAGGCCCUCUGAUAUCCUGCACUCGCUUUUGAAAUCCACUGUGCCUCCCCCGCAUAUUCACCCUGUUGUCAUACCCCUGCCCUCUCAUGUCCAUGAUGGCGAUGCCAUGUAGUUUUGAGAUGAGCAACUCGGUCAUGCCCGCCCCCGUUGCGUCAAGCAGGUCACUAAACUCCAGGAAUUGCGCUCUCGUGAGCACUGACCGAUCAUCCUCGGUUGAAACCAAACGCACCAUCAUGGUUAUCUGCUCUGUUUUGCUCUUGUCUGGUGUGCUAUCAAAUUCUAGAAAAAUAUUUGACUGCUUUUAGCUCACUGCCGACUGUCUGCUAGAUCUGUCUUGUGCCAGUAUGUCAAUGAUUUCUGGAUUAUUUUACAGAGGUAUUGCACGUGUUUCUUUUGGUGUGCACUCUCCUUACAUGCUCCUUCAUGAUUCCAUCAAAGAUACCCAGCAUUUCCACAAACUUCAGAAAGUUCCCAUUAUUUGGCUCGUUCAGCCUGUCGGUGGUCCCACGUAGUGCAAUGUUCUGGGUGGCCAUUACGCGGAUCAGGGCUAUUAGCCUCUGCAGCACCUGCUGCCAGUGGAGAAUCUCUCUGUCAAUAGCCCGUUGGGCUUGGGCAUCGAUAGUUUGCUUGGACACCAGCCUGAUCUCCAGCUCCUUCCACCUCUGGAAUCUAUCUAGGUGGUCAUGUGACUUCUCAUGUGAGCUGAGGAGGUGGCACAGAUUGUUCCAGUCCCUGGUUCCAUCUCUGACCAGCGCAGAUUUUCACUCGUUUAGCUUGGAAUAGACAAGCCAUGGUCUCUCCACUCUCCCUGUUCGCCAUCCUCCUAUUGUAGUGGGCCACCGAAAAUAUUUGUUGCCUCAUCUCUUGGGAAAUUCCCCUCCUUAUCCUGAUGUGGCCCAGCCUGCACUAACAUGUCCCGUAAAGAUCCAUUCAUAUCUUUUGGCCGCUCACCAGGGUCUUUUAUGUUUUUGGUCUGGGAGUCGGAUUUAGCAGCAGCACCACUCAUCGGGAACAUGGAGUGACGAAUCUGAGUUCGGGUCCCAGAUAGUACGGUUGCUUGGAGGUGUGGGCUAGGCCUGGUGCGACCACCUGUUCUUGUCCACCCAGAGAGCUGUCAUCAUCGGUGGAAGUGGAUUGCUCGGACUCCUCCGGUUUGCUGCUAGAACCACCGAACGGGGGCUCGUCUGUCUCGGUAAAUGAACGGCCUGUCCUCGGAGGCUUGUUCUCCACACCGGCUGAUGGACAUUGCUGCACACUGGUACAUUUCUGCAGCGAAUCUCUUAAGCUUAGAGGUUGUGCCUCUUUUCUCAUUAUUUUAUAUUUUUUAUAUUCGCUUCCUGAUAGUUUUUGUCUCUUAGACAUGGCAGGAAAUUUGGUUGCAAAUCUCUAUAGCUUACUUUUAGCUGAAAUUAUUUCCACCAGUAGCUAGCUAACGUUAACAGGCUAGGUUAGGCUACUGCCGUAAUCACUAAUCGUCUUCGUCACACGCACACAUAAAAAAAAAAGUUAAUUGUCAGAUUAAUUUGUAUUAAUGUUUCACAAUUGGAUAAUCCCAUAAAAACACACACAUAUCACCAUAGCUACCAAGGAUAGUGGGAGUGAACUUCUUGAGAAGUGGGAAUGGGGUGGGGGUGGGAACUGCAGCAACGGCUAUGAGCUGGUGGCUGGGGCGCCGCUGGCGGUGUAGUAGCCAAUCAGGGGCGCCGUAGGGUGGCAGCCAAUUGCCAAAAUGCCGCCCCAAAUUCAAGUGCCGGACUGCCUAACCUUGCCAAAUGGGAGGGCCGGCCCUGGAGCUGAGCAAUAUAAUAGAUCAUCUUUGUCUACAGCAAGAUGGUUGAUACAUUUUACAUUUUAGUCAUUUAGCGGACGCUCUUAUCCAGAGCGCCUUACAGUUAGAGUGCAUACAUCAUUUUUUCCUUUAAAAAAAAUUAAUGAAUAUGUUUCACUCUGGCCGUUUACCAUUGAAAGAAAUUGUCAGUUCCGGUCUACUUAACGGGGUGGGUCUCCCAUAGACACCAAUGCAAUAGCAGCUGGGUCUGGUCUGCUUAGUUAAUUGACAUUCAUUGAACCAGAAAAAAAACUGCGAGUGGGGUCUCUUCCGUCUCUGGCUACAGCUUUUCGGUGUAGCCUACACUUGGCUGCCUGAGCCAUGGAGCAAAUUAAAAUACGGGUGCAAACUAAUAAAAAAACAUAAUACCAUUUUUAUAAAUAGUAAAAUGGCAUGAUAUGAUUGCAUUUUAGAACUCCGCUCCCCCGUCGCCCCAAAAUGAAUGAUUUUGACCACUAACGUUUUAGGCAAAUUCGUUUUGCAUGGCCCGGUAUGUAGGGGUUGCUCAUUUUCGUUCCAUUAAUCUUAAAGAGAAAUCUCCACCCACCUGGGGCACGGGGCCAUGCAAAAUGAACUCACCCAUUGCUUCAAUAGUUAGGCUAUCCAUAUUACCGGAGCUUCUAUUCUUUCUAUUUCUAUGGCAGAUUCACGGACACAAUUUAGAUACAAAGCUAGCUAGCUUGCUGAAAUGAUAUCAGAGAGAACAAAGAAUAUAGCUAUUUGAAAAUGUCUGUGUACAUGUCCAAUGAUGUCUGGAAUCUGACAGUUUCACUGGAAUUAUCAAGCAGCAAAAGUCAGACAAAUGUCAACCCUCAACAUGUCAACAGCUCGUAUAGGCACGGUUUAGCUGAGAGGUAGGCUGGUAGUCUUUAUCUGAAAUAAUAAUUUUCGCUUGACUUACAUUAUUCCUGUCUUAAAUGGUGCUCACACAACUUGCAUUAGCUAGCUAAGUUUAGCAUGCUAGCUAGUUGCACUGACAGCUGUCAGUCAAUGCCUUAUUUGUUGUAAUUUCUCUACUACACGUGGAAAUCACCACAACGUUGCCACCCCCAAUUCCUGAAUAUGUAUUAGCAGCCAGCGUCAGUCUUCGAAGUGGAACCUAAACGAGAAUUUCAACUCUAGGACAGGAAUUACACGAAAUAGGUGAGGCAACUUCCUCUGAGGUGGGUCUUUUAAUGUUUAGAGCAAGCGUCGGGGCUCUUAAAAAAACUUCCCCGGUCAGAAGAUGCUAUCGUCAAUAGGCGCUAAAGCAGUUAGCCAUGGACUAGGCUACCUCAUUCAUAGACACUAACUGAGUAGCCUCGUAUGUGUACAAAUGAAUAACACCAGUCGCAGUUCUCACAAACCGAAUGUUGGGUAGCUAACUUUUGUAGUGCUAGUUCAAGACACAAGCCACCUUGUUUAACUAGCAAACAUUACAAUAUCAUCACAUCUCUUCUCUAUGAUAGCAGAGUAAGAUUCCAGAGAUUUCUCUGUCUGCAUAUGUUGUUUCUUGUAAACAUUAGCUAUGCCAAAAAUUAUAACAGGAGCUACUGUGAAUCAAAUUCUCUGGCCUACGCUCCACUCUUGUCUCAGGUUACAAUUGGACGUGGCUUAAAUGUCACUCACCAGCUCAUGUCCACAAGCUGCCCCCUAAUGAUAUCCAGACUGCACUGUAUGUUCAAGCAACGAGACGACGGCCAAUGGACAGUGACCGACAAGAAGGUACAGCUUCUCCAUGUAUCCAUUUUAAAAUGAAACGGUGAGUCUGUUAAUAAGCUGUAAGCAGUUUACAUUUGUUUUUUUUCUAGAGUCUUAAUGGUGUGUGGGUGAAUGGAGAACGAAUUCCUGUGGAUAAAGCUCAAUUGCUGAUGCUCGGGGACUCGAUAAAGCUGGGAGUGCCCCUUGUUGGCACCAAAGUGGAGCAUGAGUACAUACUGAUUCGGCAGCGCCUCGAGGACAUCAAACCCUACCUAGCGAAGGGUCCUAGUGAAGUUGCCUGCACUGCCUCCAGAACCAAGAAGACUAAGAGGAAAUUGAACUCUGAUGAACUGGAGCCUUCGACCUCGUUUAAAUCCAAGCUCUACCUCUGCUCUGCCACAGACAAGCCCCGGGAGAGGCCAGGAACCAGGGUACGGGAGGAGGCCGGGCCCAGCGUGCAGCAGGGUCAGAGGCUGGACUUGCCUCCAGAGGGACUCAGCAGUCCUAUCAGGAAUCUGUCCAACUUACAAACGUACGUAUGUUGCUACUAGUGCUUCACUCAUGUCUAACCUCUUGGACAGGUUUUAUGUAGUAAAAGUGAAUAGCUCUCUCAAUUGUCAAAAAAUCUGUACUCCCCUUUGUCUGCACCAAUUGGAAAAUACUUGACAAGUAAAACGAUAUGGUGGAAGCUUAUCAUUAGGUUGGCUUUCAGCAGGUAAAUUAUUUUAGAUCAGCGCGAUGAAUGGGGGGAAAGGAGGACUGAUUUUUUGGGGGGGACAAUACAACUCCAUGCACAAGGACUACUUUCAACAAUUUCCACAGAUUUUGCAAAAACACAUUUACUGGAAGAACCGUGCAGAUGCAAAGUUUGGUAACAGAAUUUCAGUAAAAUCUCCCUUAGUUUGUGACAACGUUUUCCAAAAGCUCUGUUAAAUGUCUGCUCUGAAUUAAGAUUCAAAGAUGUCUGAAAGAAUCGUGUGUCGACUCUGUCAUGACACCUCUUGGUUAUUGAACUACUUUGAGUGAAGUGGAUUUACACCUGGUAACGGAAUUGCAUCAUGGGUUCCUGGUCUGUACUGUACAGAAAUGCAUAAUUAUGAAUAUAAUUCUCUUCAUGGCAAUAUAGACUGAUUAGGUACACAAAAGUAGAUAUAUGCAAUAUCCUCCUUUGCAUAUUUGGGUAUUAUUCUACACACUGGCUAUUUUAAUGAGCUCCCCCCAAACAAGACCAAAUUUCGUUGGUCCGAACCAAAUCUGAAACGAUCAUGGUUCAUGUGGAUGUUUCAGAAGUUUGGACAUCAAAAUACAGCACAGUAGAGCUUAGUACAGUACACGACAGAACAGUAGAGUUUAGUACAAUACAUUAUACUGUACUCAACUCUAGUGUGCUCUACUGUACAGUACAGUACCAGACUGCACUCUACUGAACUAUACUCAACUUUUUUUUACUGUACUCUACUGUACUUCUACGAUUGGACUAAAUCUGAACCAACAAUGGAUGUCUAUGUAUUUAGAUCAAAACGGCUGUAUUGGACCUUUUUAAACUUACAGAAGGCAGAUACAUUUCUCAAAAACUAAAUGUAAGUGUUAAGAUUAGUUGGAAGCAGUCUUUACUGUGUUUUGAUGUAUUUCUAAUACAUUUUAAAGGCCCAGUGCAGCCUAAAAUCAGUUUUUCCUGUGUUUUUAUAUCAUAUUGAACAACAGCUGAUGAAACUAACACUGUAAAAGUAUAUCAAAAAAUUGGUCAGUGUUUAUUCCCUGAUAGUUGCUGGUUGAAAAUACAAUCUACACAGGACCUGCUAAUCAGCAGGUUUGCAUGGGCGGGAGUUUCGGCUUUCCAUGGUAUUUGUAUUUAUUAAGGAUCCCCAUUUAGCAGCUACUCUUCCUGGGGUCUAGCAACAUUAAGGCAGCUAUAUACAAUUUAAAAUAUUACAUUACAUUUCAUAACACUUUUCACAACGCAUUAAGUGUGUUCCCUCAGGCCACUACUCUAUCACAUAUCUACAAUGCAAAAUCCAUGUGUAUGUGUGUGUAGAGUGUGUGUCUUAUGCGUGUGGUGUCUCUUCACAGUCCCCGCUGUUCCAUAAGGUGUGUUUUUGUUUUUUAAGAUCUGAUUCUACUGCUUGCGUCAGUUACCUGAUGUGGAAUAGAGUUCCAUGUAGCCAUGGCUCUGUCAGGGAUCAUCAACUAGAUUCAGCCGCGGGCCGAUUUUGUUUUAAAUAUAUUUGUUUUAUUUUAUUAUUUUUUCUUGAGCUGAUGGUUGCAGGGCCGGAACAUAAUUACAAAUCAUUUGUAGACUGCAAAUUGACCGCAAGAAGGCCAAACAGAUAUGUUUGACUAAAACAUAAUCAUUUCAAACCUUGCUUACAUUUGUAUAUAAUCACGUGUCUCUCUCUUAUGUGUGGGAAUACUUGGGAAUAGAUUUCUUAAAUUAAAAUCAGUUGGAGCUGAUUUCCUGAUGUCCAACAAUGAUUUAAAAAGAAAAAUGUAUUAUUAUAAUUUUUUGGCUCAGAAAACUUGGGUGGCCAAAUAAAACCUGCGGGCCGCCAGUUGGGGAACCCUGCUCUAUGUGGUACUGUGUGCCUCCCAUAGUCUGUUCUUGAUUAUGGGAUUGUGAAGAGACCUUUGGUGGCAUGUCUUGUGGGGGUAUGCAUGGGUGUCCGAGCUGUGUGCUAGUACUUUAAACAGACACCUCGGUGCAUUCAACAUGCCAACACUUCUUACAAAAACAAGUAGUGAUGAAGUCUAUCUCUCCUCCACUUUGAGCCAUGAGAGAUUUACAUGCAUAUUAUUGUUAGCUCUCCGUGUACAUUUAAGGGCCAGCCGUGCUGCCCUGUUCUGAGCCAAUUGUAAUUUUCCUAAGUCCCUCUUUGUGGUACCUGACCACACGACUGAACAGUAGUCCAGGUGCGACAACUAGGGCCUGUAGGACCUGCCUUGUUGAUAGUGUUGUUUGAAAGGCAUAGCAGCGCUUUAUAAUGGACAGAUUUCUCCCCAUCUUAGCUACUGUUGUAUCAAAAUGUUUUGACCAUGAGUUUAAAAUCCAGGGUUACUCCAAGCAGUUUAGGCACCUCAAUUUCCAUUUUAUUACAAUAUUUAGUUCAGGUUUAGUGAAUGAUUUGUCCCAAAUACAAUGCUUUUAGUAUUUUUUUAAAAUUUUAAGACCUAACUUAUUCCUUGACACCCAUUCUGAAACUAACUGCAGCCCUACAGUGAGGGAAAAAAGUAUUUGAUCCCCUGCUGAUUUUGUACGUUUGCCCACUGACAAAGACAUGAUCAGUCUAUAAUUUUAAUGGUAGGUUUAUUUGAACAGUGGGAGACAGAAUAACAACAACAAAAAUCCAGAAAAACGCAUGUCAAAAAUGUUAUAAAUUGAUUUGCAUUUUAAAGAGGGAAAUAAGUAUUUGACCCCCUCUCAAUCAGAAAGAUUUCUGGCUCCCAGAUGUCUUUUAUACAGGUAACGAGCUGAGAUUAGGAGCACACUCUUAAAGGGAGUGCUCCUAAUCUCAGUUUGUUACCUGUAUGAAAGACACCUGUCCACAGAAGCAAGCAAUCAAUCAAUCAGAUUCCAAAUUCUCCACCAUGGCCAAGACCAAAGAGCUCUCCAAGGAUGUCAGGGACAAGAUUGUAGACCUACACAAGGCUGGAAUGGGCUACAAGACCAUCACCAAGCAGCUUGGUGAGAAGGUGACAACAGUUGGUGUGAUUAUUCGCAAAUGGAAGAAACACAAAAGACCUGUCAAUCUCCCUCGGCCUGGGGCUCCAUGCAAGAUGAGAACGGUGAGGAAUCAGCCCAGAACUACACGGGAGGAUCUUGUCAAUGAUAUCAAGGCAGCUGGGACCAUAGUCACCAAGAAAACAAUUGGUAACACACUACGCCGUGAAGGACUGAAAUCCUGCAGCGCCCGCAAGGUCCCCCUGCUCAAGAAAGCACAUAUAAAGGCCCGUCUGAAGUUUGCCAAUGAACAUCUGAAUGAUUCAGAGGAGAACUGGGGGAAAGUGUUGUGAUCAGAUGAGAGACAAAUCGAGCUCUUUGGCCUCAACUCAACUCGCCGUGUUUGGAGAAGGAAGGAAUGCUGCCUAUGACCCCAAGAACACUAUCCCCACUGUCAAACAUGGAUGUGGAAACAUUAUGCUUUGGGGGUGUUUUUCUGCUAAGGGGACAGGACAACUUCACCGCAUCAAAGGGACAAUGGACGGGGCCAUGUACCGUCAAAUCUUGGGUGAGAACCUCCUUCCCUCAGCCAGGGCAUUGAAAAUGGGUCGUGGAUGGGUAUUCCAGGGUAUUCCAUGACAAUGACCCAAAACACACGGCCAAGGCAACAAAGGAGUGGCUCAAGAAGAAGCACAUUAAGGUCCUGGAGUGGCCUAGCCAGUCUCCAGGCCUUAAUCCCAUAGAAAAUCUGUGGAGGGAGCUGAAGGAUCGAGUUGCCAAACGUCAGGCUCGAAACCUUAAUGACUUGGAGAAGAUCUGCAAAGAAGUGGGACAAAAUCCCUCCUGAGAUGUGUGCAAACCUGGUGGCCAACUACAAGAAACGUCUGACCUCUGUGAUUGCCAACAAGGGUUUUGCCACCAAGUACUAAGUCAAAUACUUAUUUCCCUCAUUAAAAUGCAAAUCAAUUUAUAACAUUUUUGACAUACAUUUUUCUGGAUUUUGUUGUUGUUAUUCUGUCUCUCACUGUUCAAAUAAACCUACCAUUUAAAAUGAUAGACUGAUCAUGUCUUUGACAGUGGGCAAACGUACAAAAUCAGCAGGGGAUCAAAUACUUUUUUCCCUCACUGUAAGUGUUGGAGUAAUUUCAGUCACUGUAGUAGCUGACGUGUAAAGUGUUGAGUCAUCUGCAUACAUAGACACACUGGCUUUACUCAAAGUCAGUGGCAUGUCUUUAGUAAAGAUUGACAAAAGGAAGGAGCCUAGACAGUUGCCCUGGGGAAUUCCUGAUUCUACCUGGAUUAUGUUGAAGAGGCUUCCAUUAAAGAACACCCUCUGUAUUCUGUUAGACAGGUAACUCUUUAGCCACAAUACAUAUGUUUUUCCAGCAGCAGACUAUGAUCAAUAAUGUCAAACAAAACGGCUCCCACAAUCUUUUUAUCAAUUUCUCUCAGCCAAUCAUCGGUCAUUUGUGUAAGUGCCGUGCUUGUUGAAUGUCCUUCCUAUAAGUGUGCUGAAAGUCUGUUUUCAGUUUGCUUACAGUAAAAUAGCAUUGUAUCUGGUCAAGCACCAUUUUUUCCAAAAGUUUACUAAGGGUUGGUAACAGGCUAAUUGGUUGGCUAUUUGAGCCAGUAAAGGGGGCUUUACUAUUCUUGGGUAGCGGAAUUACUUUUGCUUCCCUCCAGGCCUGAGGGGGCGCACUUUCUAGUAGGCUAAGAUUGAAGAUAUGUCAAAAAGGAGUGGCAAUAUCGUCCGCUAUUAUCCUCAGAAAUGUUCCAUCCAAAUUGUCAGACCCCGGUGGCUUGUCAUUAUUGAUAGACAACAAUAAUUUUUUCACCUCUUCCACACUCACUUUACGGAAUUCUAAAUUACAAUGCUUUUACCUUUUGAUAAUUUGAAAAGUUAUACUUGGAUGUGUAGUGUCAGCAUUUGUUGCUGGCAUGUCAUGGCUAAGUUGACUAAUCUUGCCAAUGAAAAAAUAAUUAAAGUAAUUGGCAAUAUCAGUGGGUUUUGUAUGAAUGAGCCAUCUGAUUCAAUGAAUGAUGGAGCUGAGUUUGCCUUUUUGCCUAAAAUUUGAUUUAAGGUUCUCCAAAGCAUUUUACUAUCGUGCUUUAUAUCAUUUAUCUUAGUUUUAUAUUAUAGUUUCUUAUUUUUGCUCAGUUUAGUAACAUGAUUUCUCAAUUUGCAGUACGUUUGCCAAAUGGUUGUGCAGCCAGACGUAUUUGCCAUUCCUUUUGCCUCAUCCCUCUCAACCAUAAACAUGUUCAAUUCCUCAUCAAUCCACAGGGAUUUAACCGUUUUUAGUAAUUUUCGUAAUGGGUGCAUGCUUCAUAGUAACUGGAAUAAGCAAUUUCAUAAAUGUAUCAAGUGCAGCCUCUGGUUGCUCCUCAUUACACACCACAGACCAACAAAUAUUAUUUACAUCAACAACAUAGGAAUCACUACAAAACGUAUUGUAUGACCUCUUAUACACUAUAUUAGGCCCAGCCUUUGGAACUUUGGUUUUCCUAGAUAUGGCUACUAUAUUGUGAUCACUACGUCCGAUGGAAUCUCUUGCACAUCUUGCAUUCCAUUGUUAAUACUAAUUGUAAUUAUUUUGCACUAUAGCCUAUUUAUUGCCAUACCUCCAUAACUUGCUACAUUUGCACACACUGUAUAUAUAUAUAUUUUCUGUUGUAUGUUUUGACUUUGUUUUUUUACCCCAUAUGUAACUCUGUUGUUUUUAUCGCACUGCUUUGCUUUAUCUUGGCCAGGUCGCAGUUGUAAAUGAGAACUUGUUCUCAACUGGCUUACCUGGUUAAAUAAAGGUAAAAUUAAAUAAAUAAAUAAAUAAAAUUUGGAUACUGCUUUAAAUUCACAUUUCUGCAGUAUUAGUAAAGAUGUGAUUAAUGCAUGUUGAUGAUUUCAUUCCUGUGCUGUUUGUAACUACCCUGGUAGGUUGACUGAUAACCUGAACCAGAUUGCAGGGACUGGUAACACUUUGAAGCUUUUUCUUGAGUGGGCAGCUUGAUGAAAGUCAGUCUAUUUAAAUCACCCAGAAAAUAUUUUAAAAAAUCCCUCCUCAAUCUACACACACACUACCCCAUUAUGACAAAGCGAAAACAGGUUUUUAGACAUUUUUGCAAAUGUAUUACAAAUAAAAAACAGAAAUACCUUAUUUACAUAAGUAUUCAGACCCUUUGCUAUGAGACUGGAAAUUGAGCUCCGGUGCAUACGGUUUCCAUUGAUCGUACUUGAGAUGUUUCUACAACUUGAUUGGAGUCCACCUGUGGUAAAUUCAAUUGAUUGGACAUGAUUUGGAAAGGCACACACCUGUCUAUAUAAGGUCCCAUAGUUGACAGUGCAUGCCAGAGCAAAAUCCAAGUCAUGAGGUCGACGGAAUUGUCCGUAGAGCUCCGAGACAGGAUUGUGUCGAGGCACAGAUCUGGCGAAGGGUUCCAAAACAUUUCUGCAGCUUUGAAGUUCCCAAGAACACAGUGGCCUCCAUCAUUCUUAAAUGGAAGAAGUUUGGAACCACUCUUCCUAGAGCUGGCCGCCCGGCCAAACUGAGCAAUCGGGGGAGAAGGGCCUUGGUCAGGGAGGUGACCAAGAACCUGAUGGUCACUCUGAAAGAGCUCCAGAGUUCCUCUGUGGAGAUGGGAGAAUCUUCCAGAAGGACAACCAUCUCUGCAGCACUCCACCAAUCAUGCCUUUAUGGUAGAGUGGCCAGACGGAAGCCACUCCACAGUAAAAGGCACAUGACAGCCCGCUUUGAGUUUGCCAAAAGGCACCUAAAGGGCUCUCAGACUAUGAGAAACAAGAUGGCACCAUCCCUACGGUGAAGCAUGGUGGUGGCAGCAUCAUGCUGUGGGGAUGUAUUUCAGCGGCAGGGACUGGGAGACUAGUCAGGAUAGAGGGAAAGAUGAAUGGAGAAAAGUACAGAGAGAUCCUUGAUGAAAACCUUCUCCAGAGUGCUCAGGAGAUCAGACUGGGGUGAAGGUUCACCUUCCAACAGGACAAGACCCUAAGCACACAGCCAAGACAACGCAGAAGUGGCUUCGGGACAAGUCUCUGAAUGUCCUUGAGUGGCCCAGCCAGAGCCUGGACUUCAACCCGAUCUGACAUCUCUGGAGAGACCUGAAAAUAUCUGUGCAGUGACGCUCCCCAUCCAACCUGACAGAGCUUGAGAGGAUCUGCAGAAAAGAAUGAGAGAAACUCCCCAAAUACAGGUGUGUCAAGCUUGAAUCGUCAUACCCAAGAAGUCACUGUCAAAGGUGCUUCAACAAGGUACUGAGUAAAGGGUCUGAAUACUUAUGUAAAUGUAAUAUUUUUUCGCUGUCAAAGGUGCUUCAACAAGGUACUGAGUAAAGGGUCUGAAUACUUAUGUAAAUGUAAUAUUUUUUUAUUUUAUUUAUUACAUUUCUAAAACCUGUUUUUGCUUUGUCAUUAUGGGGUAUUGUGUGUAGAUUAAUUUAAUCCAUUUUAGAAUAAGGCUGUAACGUAACAAUGUGGAAAAAGUCAAGGGGUCUGAAUACUUUCCGAAUGCACUGUAUGUUAACGUGGGCUAUUUUUUAGCACUUUUCUGCGAUGCUUGAUUGUUUUUGUUGCUUAACUGGGAAGCUUAGCCCAGGUAGACAUGGUCAUGUUAUUUAUGUUAGUGCAGGGUGUGAGCUGCACACAGUGGACUUCCUGCUAGGGCACACCGCCUCAGUGCUAACCGUAUAACUCUGGUUCACAGCUGAAUGAUUACUGCAUACAAUAGCUGUAGGAUCAGCAGAGGCAUUCAGGGCAGUAAAGGGACAUCAUUUAAGUUACUUGCGUUGUGUCUACCAGCGCCCCUGGGAUAAUGUACAUUUGCUGAAGCAUUAUGACAACUCAAGUGACACAAUGGUAGGGAUUAACUGAGCUGUGCUUGGGUCAUUAAUAAGUAAUUGUCUCAACGCGGCCUUAUAAUGCUGUAUAAGGAUCCACGAACCGAAAUUAUUUGGGUGGAUCCUAUCACCAUGCAGUAAAAUGGUUAAUAGACCAAUAACAAAGAGUUCCAAACCUCUCUGCCAAUAACUGCUAGUUUUCCCAUUUUCCCCUCCCCUCUCAGACAACUCCCAGACAGUCCUUGCAAAAGUAUUGCGUGAGAAAUAGCUUUUUGCUGAAGGUACUUAAUUGUUACCCAGAAAGAUUUGAUAUUGGGAUAACAGCCGCAUUGGGUCUUUUUAAUACUUUAUUUUCUCUUGACGUUUUCUAAGACCCCUUUAACAUGUAUAUGCCUAAACAUUUUAUUUAUUUAAAGGUAGUCUUUCAUUUGACACCCAAUUUGACAUGCUCCUAUGAACUUCACAUUUUAGUGCUCAUGGGUCCUUUUACAUGGAAAUGCCCCAAAUUAAAGUUGAUUGACUGUUAGGUACAGCCAGAACAUGCUGGUGGUGCGGGAGCGGAUGAAUGACACCCAGCGGCGGGUGGAGGCCCUGGAGGGGGAGCAGCAGCAGGACGACCCCCACCAGGAGGAGCAGGUGAGGGAGCUGCAGAGCCAGCUGGAGCUGCUCCGGGGCCAGCUUCACAGGAUGGAGAUGCUGGAGAGGUCCAUCAGCGAGACAGAGAAGCUCCUCGAGGUGAGCCUCACUGGGAGAUGACAUUUAUUCUCCAUUCAUAUAAAGUGAAUAAGAAUAUAAACGCAACAUGUAAAGUGUUGAUUUCAUGAGCUGAAAUAAAAGAUCCCAGAAAACUUCCAUACGCACAAAAAGUGUGUAUCUCUCAAAUUUUGUGCGCAGAUUUGUUUACAUCACUGUCGGUGAGCAUUUCCCCUUUGCCAAGAUAAUCCAUCCACCUGACAGGUGUGGCAUAUCAAGAAGCUGAUUAAACAACAUGAUCAUUACACAGGUGCACCUUGUGCUGGGGACAAUAAAAGGCCACUCUAAAAUGUUGUUUUAGAGAAUUUGGCAGUACAUCCAACUGGCCUAACAAACGCAGACCACGUGUAACCACGCCUGCUCAGGACCUCCACAUCCGGCUUCUUCACAUUCGUCUGAGACACCUGGACAGCUGAUGAUAUUGUGGGUUUGCACAACCAAAUAAUUUCUGCACAAACUGUCAGAAACCGUCUUAGGGAAGCUCAUCUGCGUGCUGGUCGUUCUCACCUUGGUCUUGACCUGACUGCAGUUUGGCUCACCUUCAAUGGCCACUAGCAUGCUGGAGAAGUGUGCUCUACACGGAUUAAUCCCGGUUUCAACUGUAUCAGGCAGACGGUGUCAUGUGGGCGAGUGGUGUGCUGAUGUCAAUGUUGUGAACAGAGUGCCCCGUGGUGGUGGGUUUAUGGUGCGGGCAGGCAUAAGCUACAGACAACAAACACAAUUCCAUUUUAUCUAUGGCAAUUUCAACACACAGAGAUCCUGACGAAAUCGUGAGGCCCAUUGUCGUGCCAUUCAUCCUCCACCAUCACCUCAUGUUUCAGCAUGAUCAUGCACGGCCCCAUGUCGCAAGGAUCUGUGUACAAUUCCUGGAAGCUUAAAAUGUCCCAGUUCUUCCAUGGCCUGCAUACUCACCAGACAUGUCACCCAUUGAGCAUGUUGCGAUGCUCUGGAUCGACGUGUACGACGGCGUGUUAACUUCGCAAAGCCAUUGAAGAGGAGUGGGACAACAUUCCACAGGCCACAAUCAACAGCCUGAUCAACACUAUGUGAAGGAGAUGUCGUGCUACAUGAGGCAAAUGGUUGUCACACCAGAUAAUGACUGGUUUUCUACUUUUAUUUUACACUACAUGGCCAAAAGGAUGUGGACACCCCUUCAAAUUAGUGGAUUCGGCUAUUUCAGCCACAAAGUGGUAAAUAUUGUCUGUCCUUGGUGUAACCCUCACUAAUAAGUUCCAAACUGCCUCUGGAAGCAAUGUCAGCACAAUAACUGUUCGUCGGGAGCUUCAUGAAAUUGGUUUCCAUGGCCGAGCAACCGCACACAAGCCUAAGAUCACCAUGUGCAAUGCCAAGCAUUGGCUGGAGUGGUGUAAAGCUCGCCGCCAUUGGACUCUGAGCAGUGGAAAUGCGUUCUCUGGAGUGAUUAAUCAAGCUUCACCAUCUGGCAGUCCGACGGAUGAAUCUGGGUUUGGCGGAUGCCAGAAGAACGCUACCUGUCCCAAUGCGUAGUGCCAACUGUCAAUUUUGGUGGAGGAGGAAUAAUGGUCUGUGGCUGUUUUUUCAUGGUUCGGGCUAGGCCCCUUAGUUCCAGUGAAGGGAAAUAUUAACGCUACAGCAUACAAUGACAUUGUAGACGAUUCUGUGCUUCCAACUUUGUGGCAACAGUUUGGGGAAGGCCCUUUCCUGUUUCAGCAUGACAAUGCCCCCGUGCACAAAGCGAGGUCCAUACAGAAAUGGUUUGUCGAUCUGUGUUUGAAGAACUUGACUGGCCUGCACAGAGCCCUGACCUCAAACCCCAUUGAACACUUUUGAGAUGAAUUGGAACGCCGACUGCGAGCCAGGCCUAAUCGCCCAUCGGUGCCCGACCUCACCAAUGCUCUUGCGGCUGAUUUGGAUGCAAGUCCCCUCAGCAAUGUCUAGUGAAAAGCCUUCCUGGAAGAGUGGAGGCUGUUACAGCAGCAAAGUGGGGACCAACUCCAUAUUAAUGCCCAUGAUUUUGGAAUGAGAUGUUCAACAAGCAGGUGUUCAUACUGGCAAAUGUUUGUUUUAAAGGUGCAAAAAACACAGCAUGAAGAGGCGGGUAUGAAAAAACAGUUGGAGGAGAUGGGUUUGAAAACACAGCUGGAGGAGGCUUUGCAAGAGGUAAGCAACAGAAAACAUUCAGCUCUUGUAUUAAAGGUGACCUGAUGUUACCAUAAUAAUUGAGUGUAACCAAUCUUGAAUCUGAUUGCAAUCCAUAUAGCAAAGAAAAGUCAUAGAGGAACUUGCACUCUCUCGACAAAGCUUUGAGGACAUCCUCAAGGCCAAAGACAAAGAGCUGGAGGUGACAAAAGUAAGCUACCACCAGUGUGACUUCCUCACUCAAUUUAAUUUCCUAACCCAGUUGAAUGAUACUGAAAUAAAUUGGUGCGGUUUCAAGCCAAUGUUUUGUCUUACAGGAAGAGAAGGAGAGGGCGAGAGCUCAAAAGGAGAAGGUGGUAACACAAAUGACGGAGGUGCUGGAGAACGAACUUCAAUGCAUAAUUUGUUCUGAGCUCCUCAUUCGGGUAAAUCUUUUGACCAGUCUUACAUCGUUCCCAUUGGAUAGCAAUAAGUGUCUCAUGUACUGUGCAAUUUACUUCUGUCUGGAAAUAUAGCUUGUGACUGGAAGAUGCUUUUACUGUAAUCCUAAUCUCAAUCUGUAAUCCCAAUUUUAUCACAAUGAAAGAUUACCUUAAAGGCCCAUUGCAGCUGUUUUUAUCUCAAUAUCAUAUAAUUUCUGGGUAAUAAUUUAGUACCUUACUGUAAUAGUUGUACCAUUCAAAUGGUAAAAAAGAACCAAAAAUAGCACACAAACGUCUCAAGCAAUACUUUUGCUAUGACUGUCUGGGAGUGGUCUGAGUGGGGAGGGGAAAACUAGCUGUUAUAGGCAGAGAGGUUUGGCGCUCUCUUUAUUGGUCUAAUAAAAGUUAUACCACCUGGUGAUGUCACCAGGCAAGCCAAAACUCCAAUCAUGCAAAACCUGCUGAUUAGAAGGUGCUGUGUAGAUUGCAGUGGCGGCUCCUGAAAAAAGUCUCAGGGGGGGCAAUUUUUCUGAUGAUUUAGGUGACCUACACACAUUUUUAAAAAGAUAUGUCCAGCAACAACAUGAAGACAGGGGCAGCAUAUAAGUCAAUGCCAGAAGCAUUUAUUGACUGAUCUCAAAAGUGUUGGCUUACAAAAGCAAAAUAAGUUAUCACAGUAAAAAUAAUCAAGGGUGUUCUUUCACAUUCCUCAACACUGCAUAAACAAUAUGCAUUUCCAUAAACAAAUGAAAUAUCAGCUGAAAAUACAGCAUCUUGGUAUUUGUUCAGAUUGCAGGAUCAACAAGAGCUUUUACCACAUGGUUGAAUUGGAAAUAUGUGCACCUGAGCAUAAUUCACAACAAGCAAGCAGGAGCUUUUGAUAGAGGCUACUGAAAACAUUGAUGCAAGUUAUUGGUAAUAAGAAAUUUGUAUAGACUUCCAUAUUCUGCCCUCUUGUAUAGAUUUGUGAAAAUGAACAGUGAUAGACAUUUUGCCUGAAAACAGAAUUUGAAAAUAAUUUCUAGAAAAGGUAAACACAGCUAUCUUAAUAUAAUAAUAAUAAUAUAAUAAUAUGCCAUUUAGCAGACGCUUUUAUCCAAAGCGACUUACAGUCAUGCGUGCAUACAUUUUUUUUUGUGUAUGGGUGGUCCCGGGGAUCGAACCCACUACCUUGGCGUUACAAGCGCCGUGCUCUACCAGCUGAGCUACAGAGGACCACUAUCUGUAUGGCUUUGUAAAAAUUAACAACCAUAUUCUGGCCAAUUGUAUAGAUUUGUAAAUAUGAACAACCAUAUUCUGGCCAAUUGUAUAGAUUUGUAAAAAUGAACAUGAACAGAUUAUUUUAUUUUUUUUACUUUUUUUAAAAUGAAAAAUAACUAUUUUAAACAACAUCAACUGUGAACUGAUUUGGGCGUGUGUGUGUUACAGAGACAGACAGGGAGGGACAAAGAGAGAGAGAGGCUACAUUACUUGUACUGAAACUGUUCUUCUCUCUUUCAAUGCAGCAAAGCGGUCAAUGACUUUCUCAUUGAAAUCAGGCAUGCUGAGGACUAGUUCCCUCUCCAUGGAAAGCAUGGCCAGUGCAUUCAGACGUUCCUGGCCCAUUGAAUUUCGCAGGAAUGUCUUAACUCGUGUCAAAGUUGAGAAACAUCUCUCAGCUUCAGCUGUUGUCAUGGGAGUAGUUAUGAGGAUGUUCAACAGAGUCACAGUCUCAGAGAACGUCUCCUGGAGGUUGUAGCUCAUGAGAACCUGGUACAGUGCCAGUGCACCACAGUUUGACUUUCUCGUCGUCGGCAAAAAGACCGUUCAGUCUCUCCAAAAGCACACUGGCGAUUGAGACUGAGGUUGAUUCCGAGAUGGGAAGGAACUCAAAAAAGCGCUCCUGCACUUUGUGGUUGCUAUCUAUGUACCUCAGCACAAGCACCAGCUGUGUCUGUGUAGAAACGUCCGUGGUCUCGUCAGCUUGGAUAGCUACGAAGUUCGCCGACUUCACCUCCUCCACAAUAUGUUCCCUCAUGACCGCUAGCAUACACUCCAGUAGCUCGUUUUGAAUGGUCUUUGAUGUGAACUUCUUUCAAAGAGACAAUCGAGUUGCACUGAACGCUAGCCAUCUUGAGUGAGAGAGUAGUACGUGAAUUGAUUGACGCUGCUACCCGCUCUUUUCUUAGUUACGUUCAUGGUUAUGUUACGUAUGACGAAAGCGCGUAAGUGCAAGCCCUCAGAAACCCAUAGAGAUUGUAUUGAAAGCUCUGAUAUUUGAAAAAAAUAGAUUUUACAUUACAGUCUAUGAGAGACUUCUGGGGCGAUUUUCAACCUGACUGAAAUCGCCCCAAAAGGGGCGGGGCCAUUUGAAGCACGACUUUAGCCUGAUUGGACAUUUAGUGGCAGAUCAGACGUCUAGAUUAGAACACUGAUAACUACUGUUGCCGUGAUAUAAUUGAUUAGAAAAAAAAUCCCUUCCUUUUCCCGUUUGGCAGUGCGUCGCCCAUAUCGCCCUAAUAACCAGCAACUAUCAGGAAAUAACACUGAUCAAAUAUUUGUGCGCUUUUACAGUGUUAGUUUCAUCUGUUGUACAAUAUGAUACAAAACACAGGAAAAACAGAAUUUUGACUGCACUGGGCCUUUAAUCAGAGCUGUUCGGUUUCAAUCCUCUUUCAUAUCUCCCCUACAGGCAGUGACGCUUAACUGCGCCCACAGCUUCUGCCUGCACUGCAUCAGAGAGUGGCGCAAGUGGAAGGACGAGUGUCCUAUCUGUCGGCAGGCAAUCCUGUCGCAGACCCGCUCGCUUGUGCUGGACAACUGCAUCGAUCGCAUGGUGGAGCAGCUCAGCCCCGACAUGAAGCAGAGUCGCCUGGCGCUCAUCGGUGAGAGGUGCGUUCACCCUGGUCCUAGGUUCGCAGAGGUUGUUGAGGGGAGGCCUUGGAAUUCAUGGGUGGAGAUGUGGUGGAUGGAUAGAUGGAUGUUUAAGUGAAUUGCAGGGACCAUAUCCACAUGGUGGAGAAACAGAGCUAUGGUCCCUGCAUUUCCCUAUGCACUCGUUGACUGACUUUGAUUUCACUUCACUUUUCACUCACGAACAUCCGUCCAUCUGCCACAUCUCCACCCAUGAAUUCUAAGGUUGUGUUGAGUAGGGAGCAAACGUUUUGAAAUGGGGGAGCUACCUGUCCAAUUACAGAUUUUCAUUUUCCAUUGCAAUACAAUUUGCUAUGGUGUGUCCUACCGAACACGACCCAGGUCAGUGUGGGUCUAUGAAAGGCUCUCAUGGUGCCUUCCACUGUGUCUUUCCACACAGUCCAGCCGGAGGAGCUGAUGGUGAUCAACGACGACGACAGUUGCAGCAGUAACAGUGACCUCUCCAUGGAUAGCUUCAGCUCCGUAAUCUCCUUGGAAGAGAGCGACCAUUGGGGCUCCAGCGACGAUUCCGAUGAGGACAAUGACGAGGUUUAG